CUUGUGUCCUAUAUAAUGCGCCACCGACUUCGUCUGCUAAACCCACGGCCAAGCAGAGCAACAGAGACAGCCUUGUGGCCUCUGCUUCCGCUCUCAAAUCCCCUGUAUUUGGAACUUGCAAGUGACGGCUGUGAGGAGAUGGCGAUUCGGAGGUCGAACAACAAGCUGCCGCAGGCCGCGGGCAUCAAGCAGAUACUGAAGAGGUGCUCGAGCCUGGGGAGGAAGCAGCAGCCGGUGGACGUGCCCAAGGGCCACUUCGCGGUGUACGUGGGCGAGAGCCGGAGCCGGUUCAUCGUGCCCAUAUCUUACCUCACCCACCCUGAGUUCCAGAGCCUGCUGCGGCAGGCCGAGGAGGAGUUCGGCUUCGACCACGACAUGGGCCUCACCAUCCCGUGCGAGGAGGUCGUCUUCCGCUCCCUCACCUCCAUGCUCCGAUGAAGCGGCCUCCGCCUCCGCCUGCGCCGCCCAUUUGUAACUUCCUUCGUUCGUUGGUCCCUUUUUUGCCGCCAUUGACGGCGGUUCCUUGGACUGCAGCUGUUUGACUCGAAACCCACAGCCCGGUGGGUUGGAUUUGUACAUCUCGGAGCGGCUGUGCCGCUCUGUAAGGACUAAUUAAUUUACUUGCAAGGAUCA